AUGUAUAAAGUUAUUCUUCUUGGAAUCUUUUCUUUAACAUUAUUUUGUUAUUUGAUUUAUCGAUCGAAGCAUCGCACAUUUUUUCAACAUGCUUCAAAGAUACCAACAGUUCCAGCUGGUUUCAUUAGACGUAUUAAAAGUCUAAUUGGGGCUAAUCAAGAAGAACUAUUUCAAGUUCUGAAAGAAACGAUUUGUCCUGGACCAUCUCCACGCAAAGCAUGGUUAGGGCCAUUAAUGUUCGUGUUUGUUGAUGAUCCCGAUCAAGUAAACCAAUACUUGAAUUCUCCUUAUGGCAUUGAUAAGCCGAAAAUUUAUUCAGUACUGGGGUUGGAUAAAGGUUUAUUCGUAUCGAAUGGCGCUUUAUGGAAAGCUCACAGAAAAUUGUUGGAUCCUUCUUUCAAUGCGAAGGUAUUGAGUUCGUUUAAUCCGAUUUUCAAUGAAAAAUCAAAGUUAUUAAUCAAAAAGUUGGAGGAUGAAUUAGAUGCGGAAGAAUUCAAUAUAUUUUCCUAUUUUAUAUCAUUUGGUUUGGACAACAUUUUAAGAACGUCUACAGGUGUUGACAAAAAAAUUAUGGAAGAAAAAAAUAACAAAUAUGUUAAUGACUGCACCAUAGGUGUGAACAUUUUUGCAUCAAAAAUCGUCAAAUUUUGGUUGCAAUUAAAACCAAUCAUGAGAAUGUCAAACUUGUACGAAUUGGAACAAAAACAUAUUUUAAAUGGAAUGUUUAAAAUGGCUCAUGACUUGAUACAAGAAAAGGAAGAAAAUAUUCGUAACAACAAUGACGUUAAAUAUAAAAGUGAAAAGCCGCAAAUUUUCAUUGAUCAGUUGUUUAAGAAACGAAAUGAAUUCUCAUUCGAUGAAAUGGCAGAUGAGAUUAAUACUAUUAUUCUUGCCGGUUUUGAAACUAUUGCGACCUUAAGUUCAACAGUUGUGUUGCUUGCUGCUUUAUAUCCAGACGUUCAAGAGAAGAUUUUUGAAGAACUCAAAACAGUUUUCAAUUCAGUAGAUGAAGAAGUGACAGAUAGAAAGCUUCAAGAAUUAUCUUAUUUGGAUCAAGUAGUCAACGAAUCAGCGAGAUAUUGGACAACACUUCCUUAUAUCGCAAGAUCUUUAUCGACAGAUAUUGAAAUUGGUUCGAAAAUAGUCCCUUCAGGAUCAAUUAUUUGUGUUCCAAUCAUUCUGCUUCAUAGCAACAAAGAAAUUUGGGGUGAAGAUGCCGAUAAAUUCAUCCCAGAAAGAUUUUCAUCUGAAAGAUUAACUGACACUCAACGUAAAGCUUUCAUGCCAUUUGGUCGAGGUCCAAGGAUCUGUAUUGGAAACAAAUAUGCUAUCAAGUCAAUAAAAAUUGCACUUUCACAUUUCUUCAGAAACUACAAAUCGUCAACUAAUGUUAAAGAAGAGAAUCUUACAUUUGAAUACACCGUUUUUAUAAAACUUGUUCAAGGAUACAUGGUGAAAAUAUCUAAAAGAGAAUUCUAA